AUACUUGCAUUACAUAUACUACCUAUUGUGUGCGAGAAGGCCACGUCGUCUCUGAUGCAGAACCGAACGUAACUGAGAGAUAGUGAAGAGACUGUUUGUGUCUAACACACUGAUAAGGGAUACCCUGCUGUUGUCAGAAGGGAUAAAGUGUUGUUGCCAAAGUGGUUGCUGCUUGUGCUGUCGAAAAGUAUACAGUUUUGUUGCCAACAGUGAGCAGUGAAACACUUGUGGCUUCUUUAUGGAUAUUCCGCUAUUGUCUAUGGAAAUGGUCUGAUGUUGUUUAAAGGAAUAUUCUGUUGUCGUUGACAGGAUAUAGAGGAAAACACACGGCAGCAGAAGUUGAUUCCUGCAGUGGACCAACGGAACCAUGGAUAGAAAAUAUGUCAUAGCAAUUGCUGUAUGUGCGACUGUGAUAGUCGUCAUCAUCGUCAUCGUCGUUGUCGUCGUGGCUCUGUUAAUCAGACGUCGGAGGAGGGUUGUUCGUAGACAACGACCACGACCACAGAGCUCAGUUUCUGUUGAGGGUACCCUUCAAGUUAGGGCAGCAAAGAAUUAUCGAAUCAGCCGCGAUGACAUCGUGGAAAGAUCAGGAAAAGACGACUUGGAGCUGAAAGACGUGACCAACAGCCCGACAGGGGAGGCAAUCACAGCUAUGUGUCCCCCGACACCUCCAGUUGGUGGAGCCACUCCCCCGCGUCUCGAUCCCAUAUAACGCCAGGACAAUCUCACAACCAGCAUCUACUGAACAGCACCUGCAUCAUCAACUACAUCAGGAAGUGCACAGACGUCAGAAAUUGGGAAUCGACACGCUACAGUGCCUUAAGAUUUGACUUCAACAAUGUAUAUCGUGUGUUUGACUAUAUGCAGGUCUUCCUUUUAGGUUGACGUAAUUGAUGUAUACAUGCGUAGUGCCCAUAUAGAAUAAACCGUUAAUGUAGAUGAUAAUGGGAUACAAGAGGAAAGGCUACAAUACACCAAAGGUUGUUGUUGAGUUACAAAAAGGGAUGUGCCAAGGUGGUUUUGUAGUAUAUAAUUGGUGUAUCCCACAUAGGUCUGUACAAAUUCAGCUUAUACAAUUUCAAAAAUGA